UUCCCCCUGCGUCACAUCCGGUCCCCUCACUUCUCCCACCCCCUCCGUGCGUCCCAUAUCUAAACCUUUUUGUGCCCUGCGGGCGGGCCGCCAGGGGGUGUGUUAGCCCUCGCCCUCGGCUCGGAACCGGCUCGCCUCAGUGUGAAGCUGCGCGGCCCCGGAGUCGGCGGCGUCGGGGAUCCCGGCUGUAUCGUCAGUGGGAGUGGGCGGAAGGCACGGAAUAAACUCACUCCAGGGGUGUCCCUCAGAACUGAGCCCCACCGGGGACUGGGAUCAAUCACCCCGCCCUGGAGUCAGCCCUGGUCAAAUUGGGGACCGUUGGCACCGGGCGCCCAGGUGGCGGACUUCGCAGGGCUGGACGCACAGGUGUUUCCUGGUCUCUGAGAGGGCUGACAAUAUGCAAGCAAUGUCAUUAGAGACCAGGAAGCAGAGGCGACUCCAGGUCUGGGCUGCGCUGAGCAACCAGUCAUAGAAGAACCAGAGUGGGAAGAGGAAGAGGGCUGCCUCAUCUGGGUACCUUCUGAGCUCAGUGGGGCCUCCAGGGCCAGGCAUCUGUAAUCCCGUCUGUGGCAAGAUAGAAAACAAACCCAGGAGAAUCUUUGGAAGGCAAGCCUUUGCUUCCUCACUUUGCUGGAGACAGGCAUGCUGGGACCCACAGCCCUGCAGACCAGGACUCCCGCCUCCUCCUCCACCUGUGUCCCUCUGCCUGGGCCGACCCUUUGAUCCAUGUGGUCCGUCCCUGAGAUUCACUCUUCACAAGUGCCCUCAGCAUGUCAUCAGCAAAAUCCCUAGCACCUGAGGAGACAGUGCCUGGCUGCGAGGAAGAGCUGAAAGGAAAAACACUUCUCACCUGGGGCCCCCUUUUUGGUCAUCGGAGCGAGAAGAUUGUUUUUACCAAAGGUGAUGGCAGUCCAGAGGAGAGCCUGCUCACCGUCACCAUAACGGAGACCACUGUCAUUGAGUCGGACUUGGGUGUGUGGAGUUCAAGGGCUCUCAUCUACCUCACGCUAUGGUUCUUCUUCAGCUUUUGUACGCUGUUCCUCAACAAGUACAUCCUGUCCCUGCUAGAGGGAGAACCCAGCAUGUUAGGUGCUGUGCAGAUGCUGUCAACGACAUUAAUUGGAUGUGUUAAAAUAUUUGUUCCUUGCUGUUUAUAUCAACACAAAACCCGGCUGUCUUACCCACCCAAUUUCAUCAUGACUAUGCUCUUUGUGGGCCUCAUGAGGUUUGCAACGGUAGUUUUGGGGUUGGUCAGCCUGAAGAAUGUGGCAGUAUCCUUUGCAGAGACUGUGAAGAGCUCGGCUCCCAUUUUCACUGUGAUCAUGUCUCGGAUGAUCCUGGGGGAGUACACAGGGCUGUUGGUCAACCUGUCUCUUAUCCCAGUCAUGGGAGGACUAGCGUUGUGCACCGCCACUGAGAUAAGCUUCAACAUCCUGGGGUUUUCAGCUGCAUUAUCCACCAACAUCAUGGACUGUUUGCAGAAUGUUUUUUCGAAAAAGCUUCUCAGUGGCGACAAAUACAGGUUCUCGGCCCCGGAGCUGCAAUUUUACACCAGUGCUGCUGCUGUGGCCUUGCUGAUUCCAGCAUGGACCUUCUUCAUGGAUGUCCCUGUGAUUGGCAGGAGUGGGAAGAGCUUCAGCUACAGCCAGGACAUCGUGCUGCUGCUGCUGACAGAUGGCGCCCUGUUUCACCUUCAGAGUGUCACUGCAUAUGCCCUCAUGGGAAAGAUCUCCCCUGUGACUUUCAGUGUCGCCAGCACUGUGAAGCAUGCUUUGUCUAUCUGGCUCAGCAUCAUCGUUUUUGGCAACAAAAUCACCAGCCUGUCUGCCAUCGGCACCAUCCUUGUCACAGUGGGUGUCUUACUCUACAACAAGGCCAGGCAGUAUCAGCAAGAGACCAUGCAGAGUCUGGCCACAGCCUCUAGCCGGGUCCCAGAGGAUGACACAGAGUCACUGGUUCCCCAGGACUCUAGACAACACCACUGAGCUCCUUCUGAUACGGUGUCCCCUAGAAACCAGGCCUAGACUGUCCUCCUGCACUAUAUGCCAUCAUAGAGAAGCAGACUACGCGGACUCUUGUUCCUCACUGGAUAUCAGAUGGGGAGUUUGGGGAUCAGCUUCUGCCUGACAAAACCCUCCAGGAGGAAGCAAAUGGCCUGACACACUGCCCAGGCUGCAAUUGGGCCAAUGACUCUGCGGGACCAACUGUGGAAUAAGCACAGGUUCCAAGACCAACAUGAGUUGCUCUCUGCUUGAUGCCAUCCAGGAGACCUCAGCUUUCCUAUGCCCACCACCACCACAGGCACUGAAGCCUCCUGGUUCCUGACAGUCUAUGAAACAGAAAUCCUAGAUGCCAAUGAUUCUAGUACGGAGCCACAAAACCCUGGGAAACCAGAGUGGCAGACAGAACAGAGACAAGUGUUUCCUUCCACAGAGGCACAGUGCUUGUGUGAAGGGAAAGUCUUCCCUUUUUGCCUGUGCUACACUGAGAUACCCCACUCCAGGUUUACUGACCCAAGUUUCUGCUACUUGUUUGGUGAUUUCUCCAACUCUGAGAAGUUAGGGACAAAUCUCUAAUUGGAGCUGGUGCCCUGGAGUUCUUUUUUUAUCUUGGGUAUGACUCGUGUGGAGCAGGCUGUUCCAAAUGGCACAGUUGACCGCCCUGGGUGGGUGACAGGGAAGUUUAGCAGAGCAUUUGAGCGUCUACAGGUUGUGACAAAGACAGCACCUGUAGAAGCUUCUGGAAUGUCUGCAUGUAAGGUGAAUCGAAGUCUCCACACACAGCUGGCUCUUCCCAGGGAUCAUAUAUGGCAGUUCCUGGGCCACCAGGUGCCCAGAGCCUUUCCGUCCUUCCAGGGUCACUAGUGUUAGGUGCCUGAGCAGUGGAGGACCAGAAUGGGGGCUUGGGUACAAGAUGCUGAGAUGUCCUACCUUAUUCAUCAUUUCGUGGGUUCCAUGACCAGCCAGUCUUUAAGACUCUCUCCAUUAAGCCAAACUCUGAGACAUACGAGCUUCAGGCACUGGCACAUCUAGUUCCAAGUCUCACUUCUCACUGCUCUUCAUCUUCAGGGCCCAGGGUCGUUCACUGGUUUCCAAGUUGUCUUCUUGCCUGGAAAAUAUGAAAAUAACCCCUCAAAGAGAUAGAUUAAAGUAAAAAAAAGAGCAAUAAUUAUGUUUUAUUUACUUGAAAAAGUUUACUGUGAUGAUGGAUCAAAAUGAGGCCUUUUAAUUUACAAGCCACCUUUGAAAAGAAGCUGAUGUGUAUUCUGGACACAGGCUAGGUGUCUCCCCCGUGCUGUGUAAAGUCGCCUCCACUGUGAAGGGGUUUUCUCAUUUGAAUUUUCCAAGAUUUCUAGUUCCUUCCUCUGUGCUUUUCCCAAAAUAAAGACCUAAUGGAGGGCAGAUGAUGGAUGCUGGAUUAAUCUGUACAUUAGGCCUGUCUGCUCAAGAAUCUGACUGUGGAGCUGCUGACAUACAUAGGAGGCCACAUGCUUGUGGACAUUGGUUGAAAGAUCGUUCUGGCCUCCCUACAGACCUUGUCUAAUUAUGCUCAGAGCUCCAAAUGACUGGAUUCUGAACAGUAUUUGGAAUUUCUGUCUCUGUGCCCCAUGUGGAAUUAGGAAAUGGCCCACUAUGACUUGCUCUGGCUACCCCUCCCCCACUUUACCAUCCUCUCAGCCUGUUUUGAUUUUCUAAGUUUGUAGACUGGAAAACAAAAACAAAAAACAAAGAUUUCCUUAAAGCUGCUUUUGAGGUUUGUACUCAUUGCAGACGGAAAGAUCAUGGAAUCUGUACUAAAGCCAGCAAGCUCCAUGACCCUGUCCAGCUUUACAUUCCAUCCACGUCAUCGCCACACACAGCCACUUCUUCCAGCAUUUCCAGGACAGGCAUGGAUUGAGAGUCCUGGAAUGGCCCUGCCUGGCCAUUUGUUAUGACCAUACCAUCACAAUAUUUUUUUAUUAGCUAUUGUCAGUACUUUUAUAGAAUACUGUGUUCUUCAAGAAUUGUUGCUGAUGUACAUGUAGAAAUAUUGACACCAGGUGUCAUUACUUGUCUUGGAUUAAUUCUUUCUGAGUCCGUGUUACUGUCUGGCCUAUUGUAAACAAAGCACUGGAUGGACCUUCUGAGCCAGCCAUCUGCUAACUCAUUAUACCCAUAGUUAAGAGAUACACAGAUUUCUAAUUUCAAAGCACCUCUUGGGCUGGAGAAAUGUCUCAGUGGUUAAGAACUAGUAGUGCUCUUGCUAAGGACCCGUGUUCAUUUCCCAGAACUUGUGUAGGGUGCUUCACAACUGCCUGUAAUUCCAACUUUAGUGAUUCUGAUUCCUCUGGCUUCUGUGGGCAUCUGUACUAGUAUGCACACACAUACACAUGCACACAUAAUUUAAAAUUUUAAAACAACGUCCAUGGCUUUGGGGUAUAGUUUAGUUGCACAGUGACACAUCACUGUUAUGCAUUAUGAGGCCCUCUGGUUGGUCCCUAGCAGCACACAACAAAAGCCUCAAAACUUCCACUAUUUUUCCUUUUUAUGGUUUUUCGAGACAGGGUUUCUCUGUAUUGUUUUGAAGCCUCAAAACUUCCACCAUUAAAAGGCAUAGAACAUAGAUGUCUUUUAAAGUUGGGCUUGGUGGCACUUACCUGUAAUCAUAGCCCUGGGAAGGCAUUAGGCUACAUAGUUAUUUCAAGGCCAAUUUGCGGUAUAUAUUGAGACCCUGUUUCAAAAACAAAAAACUUAAAACCUUUUUCUGAUGGUUGUAAUUUCCUGUAUAUCAGCACUAUAAUCUGUCUGCCUGGAAUUUUGAGAGAAUUCUUAUGCAAUCCAAAAUGUGUUUUAACCUGAGAAAAAUAAAAAUGAUAAAUCAGAGAUUAAAGAGAAUAAAGCUGCACAAGAAAUCUGUCAAGUAAACUUCACUUCCUGCCUUAAACAUCACAAAACAAGUGGCUCUGAGACCCUGCUCUCUCGGUGGUCACUUUGCUUAAUGAAGAUAGUAAAUGCUCAGCACAACCUUUCACAUCUAUCCAAGUGAUGUCUUCUAGAACUUGAAGCAUUUCGUUUCCUAACAUUGGAAAAGAUGUUACUAAGGAUGGGAAACCAUGCUAGUUCUUUCUGAGAUAAGUUACCCUGUGUAGCCAUACUAUCCUUGAAGUCCUUGGACUCCACAGACUCCUACUUCAGCCUUCUUAGAGAUUAUAAGCAUAUGUCACCUCCAGUUUUUUUCAAUUGUCUUGUCUUUGAACAAUAAUCCACUAUUUUUCCCCCUCAAAACAGAAAUAUAUGUCCUACCUAUGAGGGUUCUCUUCAUCUCUCUUGUGUGUGUGUGUGCUAGGGAUAGAAUUCAGGGCUUCAGGAAUGCUAGGCUGUUGCUUUUUCUAUGAGCUAUACCCCCAGCCUGUUUUCUUAGUUUUUUUUUUUUUAAUGUUUUGGGUCCCCCCCAUGAACUAGAACAGAACCCCAAGGUCAUGCUAAUUGUGAACAAACAGUACCAACCACAAUUCAGAGUAUAGUAGACUUUAACUUCAGGGUCUCCUAAGUGUUUCCCAGUUUUCUUGGGGUCUCAGACUCUGAGUUAGAUGGCUGUUGAACCUUUGCUCACAUGUCUAAGUUUAGUUUGAAACCAAUCCAAUUGGCAAAUUGCAUGCUUGUGUUUUUCUGUUUGCUUUGUCUGUAGUUUCCAUCUCUGGAACUCAAACUGCAUUAAAUUCAUUUGUAAUGUCUAGAUUUGAAGAUAGUUUUUUUUUUUUUUUUUUUUUUUUGGUUUUUCGAGACAGGGUUUCUCUGUGGCUUUGGAGGCUGUCCUGGAACUAGCUCUUGUAGACCAGGCUGGCCUCGAACUCACAGAGAUCCGCCUGCCUCUGCCUCCCGAGUGCUGGGAUUAAAGGCCUGCGCCACCAACGCCCGGCCUUGGAGAUAGUUUUUUAUCUGUAUUUGUUCAAGCAGUGUUGGCACUUUGGAAAAGGCCACAGUUUUUAAAGUCCCACAUUAAGAAAAAAAAACUUGAUACUAUAUUGGUAAUCCUCUACAUCAAAGCCAAUUCAUAAUUGUUUUGCACCAAACAGUACUAAGGAACUAAAAUGUAUCAUAAAAUGUAUAGUGUUUUUUUAUUUCACCUAUUUCAGUAUUUCAGUAAUUAGAUUAAUGCCUCCUAGAAAAGAAUUCUGUAAAAUAAUUCAGUGAGUCAUAUAAUAAAUUGGUAUUAUGUAUUUAA